AUUACGAAUGCACACACCGCAGUAAACCCAUUCGUACGGUAGUGUCCGAUCAAAGCACAAAGCACCACAAUCAUCUUCAAGCCCUAGCGUUCAUAGCUGCAAAUAUUAUCGAUCACUUCCGGAUCCGUGCUUAACGCUUCUCACAACAAACACCAGCCACAAUGGAUGUGCAAGUAGAUGCCAUGGAGCUGGCUCUGCCACCGAUUGAAUCGUUCAAGAACUGCGAGUAUCAUGUGCGUGUUUCGGGCACAACUGAGCUCGAUCGACGCGUUAUGUCAUUUGUGGACAAUCUGUGGGGUUUCGAGGUGACCGGUGGUAUCGAUCAGUUCGAACCACUGACAGUGAUUGCGGUAAAGCGUGAAGGGUUGGCACGGCGGGCCGGUAUUCGGGUGAAUGAUAUCAUCACAAAAAUCAACGAAACCCAUGCGGAGAAACUGACACUAGCGCAGGCACAGGAGCUGAUCGCAGAAUCGGGCCGCACGGUGAAAAUAUUCGUCAGCGGUGAUGUGGAUGAGGAUAGUGAAGAUGAGAUGACGGUGGAUUACUGGUUUAAGCCUUAUGGUUUCUUUUCCUCAGUAAAUGAAGCCGACCGUUCAAUGUUGGAUUGGGAGGCGCGUCUUCGUGCCAGCAGGAAUCCCGACAAAUGGAAUGGUGUAUGGCCGUGGAAUGAUCGCAAGAAGGUGGUCUACAAGGAGUCCAACUGCUAUAUGGUUCCGAGUGUAGCGGAAGAAACGCGCGAACGCGAGCUGAAGCUGCGAGCCACCGAGGAUCAGUACGAGAAGCAUUUGAAGAGUGAACGCGAACUGGCGGAAAAGAAGGCUGAAGAGGAGCGGUUAGCCGAGGAGGUACGUCGCGCCGAGGAAGAACGUCGAGCGGAGGAGGAACAAUUUUUCGCUACCUUUGAAGCGGAACAGAAAAAGCGACAGGAGGAGGAAGCGGCCAAACGGCUCCAGAGUGAAGCGGAACAGACCGGUACCGUAGAUGAAACGGGUGAACAGGAACCGACAGUGGCGGAUGCCGAAGCCGAUCAGUACAUUGAUGAGCUGAUGGAACAGGAAAAGGAUCUCGGAGAGGUCAGUACGGAUAUGAUCGAGCCAGAUGACAGCAGCACGACAAAUGCUUGAAUACGACUGUUCAAGUGAUUUUAUAUUGUAAGAUAUACAUUGGAAAUUGAAAAGGAAUAAAUACUGAUUAGGGUAUAACGUAUGUGAAUUACAAUUACAUCUUAAAUAAAAUAAACCACUGAUACAAGCAGUGCACGUAAUUAAA